UGCCAAGGUUAUGGCCACUUCAGGGGUGUCUGCUAUACGCUUCAUCAUACGGCACACACACGUCCCCAGACUCAUUCCCCUGAUCACCAGUAACUGCACCUGCAAGUCUGUGGCCGUCAGAAGGAAAUGUUUUGACUUCUUGGACCUGCUGCUACAGGAGUGGCAGACCCAGACUCUGGAGAGACAUACAGCGGUGAUGGUAGCCAGCAUUAAGAAGGGAAUCGCAGACGCCGACGCAGAGGCCAGGGUAGAGGCCCGCAGUAGAACCAUUCCGCGGGGGAGGCAGACUCUUGUUCAAUCGUUAGAACCGGUCCUAUCAGAAGAGCUCCAAUCGUCUCUCAAGAGUUCUGGGAGCGUGACGUCUCUUCCUCAGAGCGACCGCUCCUCUUCUUCAUCACAGGAGAGCCUUAAUCGUCCUCUGUCAUCUAAAUGGUCAGCUGCUCCUGGAAGAGUCCCGGCGGGUCAUAAGGGCGGGGCAUCGCCGGGCUCCCUACAGCGUUCCCGUAGCGAUGUAGAUGUUAAUGCGGCAACGGUUGCUAAGCAGCGGCACAUCGGGCAGGUGGGGCCAGUGAGACUGACCCCCGGCUCCUACUCCUCAUUGGGUCGUCUGAGGACCAAGCAGCCUCUCACCACGGCAACCAGCGUCGGCCAGGUGGACUCCCGGGGACGCAGCCGCACCAAGAUGGUGUCCCAGUCACAACGUUCCUACGAAUCAGAUUGCACACCAGGAUCUCAGUCUGCUACCAUCGUUGGUGCCGGCAGUCGGAGUGGUUCCCCGGGUCGCGUCCUGACCAGUACCGCUCUGAGUACGCUGGGUUCUGGAGCCCAGAGGGUCUUAGCUGGGUCGGGGGGGAGACGUAGCCGCAUCCCCCGCAGCCAGGGCUGCUCACGAGACUCCUCCCCUACACGCCUGUCUGUCGCGGUUCUGCGUGCAUCUCACUCUGGCCUCCUACCUUUUCUCGUUGUCGUGACAACUUGAUCAAUCCCCACCAAUCGCAUGCUUCCCUUAUCACCGCAUUCUUUGUGAUGAUGUCACAGAUCAGUCCGUUCGUUUCUCCCAACAACUUUGAAAGCAGGAACUCUUUUAAAGCUGACCUCUAUUUUACUCCUUCUGUCUUUCUCCUCUCCUCCCUCUUUCUCCUCUCCUUCCUCUGUCUUUCUCAUUUCCU